UGGGGCGGAACCGAACAGCUGAAGCCGGACGUUUCCAAUGUCAACACUUCCUGUUGUGUUUUUCAGCUUUUCAAACCAGGAAGAUGGAUUCGCUAUCGAACAAAUGGAUGAUUCAUUUACUAGUUUGUUGGUUUUUCAUCGGUGUCAGCUGUAAUUCAGUGGAAAAGAAGAUUUAUGUGGAACUCAAUAACACUGUCCCAUGUGUGCGACUCCUCAAUGCAACACAUCAGAUAGGCUGCCAGUCCUCUUUGUCAGGUAAUGUGGGUGUCCUCCAUGUGCUGGAGUCAGAGGAAAACCUGGACUGGGUCCUGCGGUCUGGUCGCAAUCCUCCUUAUAUGGUCAUCCUGGAGUCUCCGCUCUUUACCAGAUCCAUCAUGAUGAAGCUGAAGAACGGCUCCAGCAGGGUGGCAGGCGUCGCUGUUGUGGUGCCAAACGCAAACCCAGCUGAGGGCUUCUCUCCACACACCACCUGUCCCAACGAGAACACAGGUGUUUAUUCAGAUACCUACGAUCCAGCCAUGGCACACUGUAACGUGACAAAGUGGAACCCCUUGGGAAACGGCUUGUCCUACGAGGAGUUUGACUUCCCCAUCUUCUCUCUCAAAGAUGACAACGACACUCAGGUCAUACGACAGUGCUACUUGGACCACAACCGUCCCAUGAACGGCAGCACUCCUCAGUACCCGCUGUGCGCUAUGCAGCUUUACUCCCACAUGUCAGCCGUCACCGACACAGCCACCUGCAUGAGAAGAAAUGACAUUAACUUCAGCAUCAGCCCAGAGAUGGUCUGCGACCCACUGGGUGACUAUAAUGUUUGGGCGUCCACCAGGCCGCUCAACAACACAGCCAAGGGCCACAAGAUGUGGGAGAGUGUAGUCAUCGCAGCAGCCAGGCUGGACAGCAGGUCUUUUUUCUCCAACGUCGCUCCAGGAGCAGAGAGUGGAGUCUCGGGGUUCAUCACCCUGCUGGCGGCCGCUCACGCUCUGCGUAACCCCACCCAAGAGGCCCCGCCUAACCGCACCAUCCUCUACACCUUCUUCCAAGGGGAAGCCUUUGACUACAUCGGCAGUUCCAGGAUGGUGUAUGACAUGCAGAACAAUCAGUUUGCAGUGGACCUGGACAAUGUUCACUCAGUGCUGGAGAUUGGACAGGUGGGACUUCGUGCUGACUCCAGAGUGUGGCUUCACACUGACCCCGUGUCUCGGAGGAACAGCAGUGUCAAUAAAGAGGUGGAGGAGCUCAUCAAUAACUUGCACUUGGCCGCCACAAAUUUAAGUGUCUCGACACAAGCGCCCAAUUUCUCUCAGCCGCUCCCGCCCUCGUCCUUCCAGCGUUUCCUGCGAGCUCGGCCAAUCCCCGGUGUCGUUCUUGAGGAUCACCAGUCUGCGUACACCAACAGGUUCUAUGAGAGUAUGUAUGAUAACGGAGAAAACCUGAACAUAACUUACCCACCAAACCUGACGCCAGAGGAGCAACUGGAAUUUGUCACCGACACUGCUAAGGCUUUGACUGAAGUUGCCACCUUGGUUGCUCGGGCUCUGUACAAACAGGCAGGAGGAGCAGAGUCCAUGCUGAGCAACAUUAAGGCAGAUCCUCAAAUAGUGACCCAGCUGCUCUACGGUUUCCUCGUCCGGUCAAAUAACUCCUGGUUCCAGCAAAUAGUCUCCCCCGACUUGACGAGUCAUCUGAUUGACAGGCCCCUAAACUUCUACGUCGGCGUGAUCCAGCAGUCCAGCGAACCCACUCUCCUGGUCCAGUAUCUGCUGGCUAACCUGACCGGCAGCACCGUCAACGUCACCAAGGACAACUGCCAGAGCCAGAGGGAGGAUGAGGAGGACAAAAAGAGCAAACAUAUGUACUACUACAUGUGGGUUCAGGGGGCGGCGCCUCCCAACAGCACACAGAGAGAGGGUUUCUGUGUCCGCUCCACCGCUCGUCUCUCCAAAGCCGUGUCCCCGGCGUUUGACCUGCGGCAGUUCACCUCCAAAGAUUAUUCAACGUGGACGGAGUCCAGGUGGAAGUUCAUCAAAGGACGCAUAUUCCUGGUGGCCAGUCAUGAACUGGAGAUGUUGACGCUGGGUGUGGGCAUCGGCGUGCUGCUCACGUCCUUCCUGCUGACGUAUUUCAUCAGUUCAAAGGCCGACAUACUCUUCAGCUCGGGGAGGGAACCCACCAACGCCACCUACUGAUCCGAGCGGCAGCGACGCAGGCCCACGACCACUACUACUACCAUCACUACUACUACUACUUCUAUCCCAACCCGACAUGGACAGGUCCUUUUUCUUUACAACACACACCACGAGUAGGUACACAGACGGGUUAGACAGUGGGGGGGGGGUUAUUAGAGGACGAUGACGACGACGACGACUCUGUUUAUGGACUCACUCAGGUGAGGCGUGACAUGACGACUGGACUGGACCGGACUGGAUUGGCCUGGAUGGAUCUGGACUCAUCAGGGUCAAAAAACACUGGUCAGGCACCAGAGGGCCUUCCCAGUGGGAAUGAUGUUUAUAUUUCUUUUAUUUUUAUUUUUAUUUUUUUUCCCUUUUUAUUGUCAAAGAAUGUUUUGUUUACUGUGUCAUGGGAUAGUAACUAAUCAAUGAGCAUUGUUUAUUUGAGUGUGUGUGUGUGUGUGUGUGUGUGUGUGUGUGUGUGUGUGUGUGUGUGUGUGUGUGUGUGUGUGUGUGUGUGUAUGAUUGUGAAUAUGUAAAUGUGACCGAGUGUGUCGGCAAGUGACCACGUGAUUCAGUGUGUACGAACAAUUAUGUGAGAGUGUGAGUGAGUGUGUGUGUGUGUGAGUGAGUGAGUGUGUGUGUGUGUGUGUGUGUGUGUGUGUGUGUGUGUGUGUGUGUGUGUGUGUGAGAGCACGCUUUAUAUGAGGAUUGCAAUGGUGCAAUACUGUAGCCGUCUUCUCUGUCAUGUAGUUAACUUAUCACUCAGCUCUAAUGAUGAGAAACCACUUUAUGAGUCAGUGAACAAGUAGUAACAUUUAAAUUCAAGGUUCUGCAAAAUCUGGAAAUGUGUGGUGAGAUUUCUUUUUUUUUUUUUUUUGAGAAGUUCUAGCUCCUGGGAAUUUGAUAAAAAUCAUGUGAAUUUUUAGAAAAAUUAUCAAAAAUAUUUAUAUUAUUCAAUCCCAGUACACGUAUAACUACACUUAUAUGUAGUUGUUGACCCACUGCAAGUUCACAUAUUGUGAUAUUUGUGUGGAGAAGAAGAGUUUCCCAAAUCUACAAGAUCCUGGAGUGGCUGACAAACACUUUAUUUCAUAUCGAUCAGCUGCCAAAAUCUUCAGAUCCAGUCAGAAAAUCUUCUGUUUUGACAGUGAACAUGCGCUGGUACUCUGGCUGUGCAUCUUUCUCGGUUCGUAUCUUUUCCACAAGGUUUCUUUUAAUCAUAACUUCUGAAAAAUUGUGACAACACACAAGAGGUUUUAAUUUUUGUUGAUGAGUGUUCAUUUACUGGCUGGAAUCAAUGACCAAUUGUGAUGCCUUGAUGAAGAAAUAAACAUUGCUUCUUUUCCA